GGGCUUUCCUUUAAAUCACGAACAAUGGUUCUUAUUACAUAAAAUGAAAGUAGAUAUGAUGGGAUUUUUUCAGAUUAUUUAAAACACCAAAAAUCAGAUCUUAUCAUCAGUGAAUAUGGACUCCAUGGGAACUUCACGAAUUGAGACAGCCAUACAACGUAUAUCGGAGUCGGUAUUCGUUGGACUGUGUAAUAUAGCCGGAACUUCACAAAUGGUUGCUAUGAGGAGGGAUAUGAUGGAAAUCAAUGAUAUUUUGAAUUGUAAACCCACAGACAGUAGAGGGUACACUUUGAUGUUGAGUGGAAGUAAAAAAGAAGGAUUCAGGUUGAAGGGAUCAGAUAUAGACAUUAUGAUGUGGCCAAAUAAUCAUCGUGUGAUCUCGAAAUUGUCUCAAUUUCAGUAUUACAACAUAAACAGACAAACACUAAUUCUAAGUGACUGCUCCAAUAGUCCACCAGGAUUUACUUUGUUAUAUUUAAUUAAUCCAAGCACGCAUGGAUUGAUCCGAAAAGCUUGUGUUAAAAUGAAUGAGAGACAGUGUGUAUCUAGUUCUAAAUACAGACAGGUUUGGUGUUCUAUUUCACCUGGCUUCACUCAACAUGGACCUUGUAUCUAUCAAGAAGAUUCUGAUUUUGAUCAAGCUAUCUCUCUUUAUAGUGACUUUUGGCCCCCAUCUGCCUCCUCAUGGAUAGACAGAUGUCACUCAUGGCCCCAGCCUCAUGUUGUUGAUGAUAUAGUAAAAAAUGGAUGUCACUUUGUAGCAAUCGGACAUAAGCUAGGUAGACAUGAAAACCAUGAAUGGAGAAUUUCUUUCUCCCUGGCAGAACAAAAACUUGUGUAUGCAAUGAACCACAGUCAAGCCUUAACUUUUAUCUUGCUCAAGUUGUUCAUAAAAGAAAUAAUUAAUAAUGAAAUAGCUGAUGAUGACAAAUUAUUGUGUUCCUAUCACAUGAAGACAGCAGUUUUCUGGGUGAUUCAACAAAAUAUAAUACCUCACUGCUGUCCACAAAAUCUCCUGGAAGGUUUCUGGGUCUGUUUUAAACUCCUUCUCAAAUGGGUAUAUGAGGGGGUUUGUCCUAACUUUUUUAUCCCAGAAAACAACAUGUUUUUGACUAAAAUAUAUGGUGAAGCACAAAACCAAUUAUUUAUGAGACUGUUUGGGUUGUAUGAGAAGGGUUUAGCAUCGCUGCUACACAGUCCUUCUAUUAGCCCUUUUAUUAUUAAUGUCCUUUUUAACCCUAGACUCUCCAUCUGUACAAAUGAACAUACUCUGAUUUCUGAAACUAUGUUUGAUUUAAAAGUAUUUGAAGAAUUAUACGCUAAAAACACACCAUUCAUACAAAAUCUACAAAGGAGUUUUAUGUAUCUACACAAAAUAGAAUAUAUGAUAAAUUUACCACUCCUGACACAGAGUUAAGUCCCUGUGAUACAGAAACAUACAGUUGCUUUACUUCAGCAAACUGCUUUUGUAUUACAGAUGGAAACUGACACUCAAAGAAACAAAGUAAGGUACAGAACUGACAAAAUCUCUUGUCACAUGCUGAAAUUAGCAUCCAAGUUUGGUUGUAUUACUGACAUGCUGUUUAUAGUCAUGUAUUAUUACAAAACACUUAGGUACGUGGAAGCUUUAAAUAUUAUAGCGAAUAUAAAGAUCAAGUUAAAACAGCCUUAUGUAAUGAACAGAUUCAUUGUAGAUGAAGAGAAGUAUACUGAGGCUUUAGGGGGACAGUCCUUGUCUACCAAGAUGAGACGGGCUGUAGCAACGGAUAUCCUAUAUGGCUACACAACUCCAUACAUCCAAGAAUUGAUACUAGAACAGGAGACAUCCUCAGAGAAAAUAGUAGCAUUAUAUAUUCCAUCUUUGGUAAUGUUAUACAUGCUAGAAAUCUUGUGCUACAGACAUGUAGACACAAUGGCAGCACAAAGAGCUCUAGAUGAUCUACAGACCCUAGUUCACUCUGAUCCAGGACUACUUAUAGAUCCAAGUCUCAGAGAUAUAUCCUGGCAGAUCCUAGGUAUUUGUCAACAUGUGACAGGUCACUAUCAGGAUUCUUUAGACUCGUUCGAAGAAUCUCUUGCACAAAAAAAUGAAAAUGAAAUUCAUACAGCUACAGAAGUGAGAAUUGAUACCUGGAAUUCGCCCGAAUUCUUCUGAUGGAAUUUAUCAUCUAUAUAUCUACCCUCAUUUCUCUUUUACGACUUACAUUCAAGCUCCAUAUAUUUCUACAACAAAUACUCGAAUUUGAUUGGAUUAUGAUAAAGCAAUGUAAAAAAGUCGGAAAAACCCGGGAAUGCAAUGAUUAGCCCCCGUAUCCUCUAACAGAAUCAAAGCACGUGUAAUAAAAGAUCCCUCUUUAAUAAUAAAUUGUUGAAACCUCCACCUAAAUUUAAUUUUUCGUAUAGUGUAAAUAAUUAAAUAAAUUUAAGUUUACUGAAAUUUUUUUAUUGUAAUCAAUAAGUGUCCUCCUUGAAUGUGAAAGUCUGAAAUAUUGUAUAACUGUGCUUUGUAAUGGUAAUUACGGUUCCAUGUCUUACCGGGGUAGGAGAGGCAGAGAUUGACCAAUCAAAAUCUGGCCAAUCAAAAUAUAACAAAUGAAAUUCUGACCACUCGGUGUGUUACUCUGCCUUUUUUUCCAUCUAUAUCCUUGCAGGACGGACGUUUUUUCUCCGCCAUUUUUGUUUGUUGUUUAAAUUUAUGUUUUAGCGUUUUCAGACCCAAUUUUUUAUGAUUUUUCUGUUAAAUCUAAGUGGUAAUAACUGUAAAUUUGGAUUACCUUUCUUUACAAAAUUUGUUUUAUUUCUCAUUUUGAUAUCUUGUGUCUGCUAAAUGUUAUAUGUCAUUGUUAAUAAUACUUUUGAGAAUUUCAAACAAAUUAUUAAACGUCACAAAGGUGGCAACACACGACAAACUGUUUUUCUCAUUGAAGGAUAAGAUAAGGUGUUCUACCGUUGAAAGGAUUAUGGGAAGAAAUUAUCCAGUUGAUUGGUAACCGGGGUAUCAAAAUACUUAUUGCAUUAAAAUAAAAACAGAUAAUGAGAUGUAUGUAGUAUGUUU